CCUUCCUCACUCUCCUUGGAUCUUUUGGGCCAACGGCUCCUGACUGUGUGCUGUGACGAACAGUCUCUGCUCGGGACAAAACUGCACGCGGCUGCUUCGCUUUCUCAGUGCUCGAUACUGAAACGGUCCGGAGCGGAGCGCGCGCGUCUUGCUGCUGGGAAAUUUACCUCAAAUGGACUUUAUAUAAGCCAAGAGUGCAGUUUCUUUCCACUGAUCAUGAAAUCAUAGUUGAUCAUUACAAGUACCGUCUUGUUUAGAUCCAACUUGUAAAUCCUGACCGUUCCUACCGCCACCGGUUUUCAUGUGUUUUAUGUGGUUGCGCUCAACAGUGAGGUAGAACCUACUACAUCUGACAGUGUUGGCGUGCGAUUCAUCCCGUGGAUGCGGCCGUCGGAGUCGAUGUUUGAGCCCUGCAGGAUCAGCCUGUCAUAGGGCAUCAUGAUUUCUCUGGUUUUCCACAAGUGGAUGAGGAAUAUUCCCCCUGAGAUGCUGCUGUUGUUGCCGAUAUUGUGGCUUCUCCCCCUGACUGGAGGGGCUCCCUCUCAGACCACCGAACAGCUAGACAUGGGGGUGGACUGGCUGACUAAGUUUGGCUACCUCCCGCCCCCUGACCCGGUGACUGGUCAGCUUCAGACCAAGGAGGCUCUGACCAAGGCCAUCAAAGCCAUGCAGAAGUUUGGAGGGCUGAAGGAGACUGGAGUCUUAGAUCAAGCCACUCUAGGCCUAAUGAAAACACCCAGAUGUUCACUGCCAGAUGUGACUCAGGCGGAGGGGACAGCGGGGCGCAGGAAACGGAGCCUGACUCCUCAGAGCAAAUGGAAUAAAAGACAUCUGUCCUGGAGGGUGAGAACCUUCCCCAAAGAUUCGGCCCUACUGGGCAGAGACACCGUCCGAGCCCUCAUGUACUACGCAUUGAAGGUCUGGAGCGACAUCGCACCUCUGAACUUUCACGAGGUGGCCGGCAGCGAUGCAGAUAUUCAAAUCGACUUCACCAAGGCUGAUCACAAUGAUGGAUACCCCUUUGACGGGCCUGGGGGAACAGUAGCUCAUGCAUUUUUCCCCGGUGAGAGGUUCACAGCUGGGGAUACACACUUUGAUGAUGAUGAAGCCUGGACCUUCAGAUCACCAGACUCUCACGGGAUGGAUCUCUUUGCGGUUGCAGUCCAUGAGUUCGGUCAUGCCAUCGGUCUGGUCCACACCUCAGCCAUGGAGUCCAUCAUGAGACCGUACUACCAGGGUCCUGUCGGAGAUCCUCUGAAAUAUGAUCUACCUUACGAGGACAAAGUCCGUGUUUGGCAGCUUUACGGUGUCAGAGACUCAGUGUCGCACACAAAUCAACCAGGUAACCCCUCUCAGACAGCGGAGCCUCCUGUCCUGCUGGACCUUCCUGAAAACAGAUCCACUGUCCUGCUGGCACGAGAUGCCCCAGACAGAUGCAGCAGUCACUUUGAUGCGGUGGCCCAGAUACGAGGAGAAGCCUUCUUUUUCAAAGGGAAGUACUUCUGGCGACUCACAAGAGAGAAGCACCUGGUGUCUCUGCGUCCUGCUCAGAUUCAUCGCUUCUGGAGGGGCCUCCCGACUAAUCUGGACAGCGUGGAUGCGGUGUACGAGAGGCCCGGAGACCAUAAAAUAGUGUUUUUUAAAGGUUUGAAAUACUGGGUAUUCAAAGACAAUAUCGUGGAGGAGGGUUACCCCCGUCCAAUCAGUGACUUUGGCCUACCCAUGGAGGGUGUGGAUGCAGCCUUUGUUUGGCUACACAAUGAGAAAACAUACUUCUUCAAGGACAACCAUUACUGGCGAUAUGAUGACCACCUAAGGCGUAUGGACCUGGGAUACCCCAAAGACAGUACCAUCUGGAAAGGACUUCCAUCCCAACUAGAUGAUGCCAUGAGGUGGUCUGAUGGUUCGUCCUAUUUCUUCAAGGGGAAGGAAUACUGGCGGGUGCUGGGAGGUGACAUGGAGGUGGAGGUUGGAUACCCCCAGCUCAUUGCGAAGGACUGGCUGCUCUGCACCGAGAUGCAGUCGGACUCUCCAGACACGGAGACCAAAAGCACUGAGACGAGAGUCAACGUGCACCGCCACCCAGACCAUGCAGAGAACGGAUAUGAGGUGUGCUCCUGCACCUCUGACACCGCCUCGCCUUUAGGGGCCCGCCCCUCCCCACCUGCCAUCUGGCUCUUGCCACCUCUCUGGACACUCUUACUGACUCUCCGUUCUGAACUGCUAUGAUGCUAAAGCAUGGGACUUAGUUCUGUACGGUGGACAAACCAACAACUGUAAAAUGGUGAUAUUAUUAUACAAUUUUGUAUCUUUUUUGCUGAUUCUGCAGUUAUUUAUUUAACAUGACCUUUUUUUCAUGAUCCCAAGAACAGGAAGUGGGAUUUCUUUGUAUCCACAUGCAGCAGGUUUGCAGCAGCAAAUCUUCACAAACACACGAGUAAAGUUCACUCUAAGAUGAGGGGCAGGUGUUAAUGUGAACUAUGUGCCAACACACACUGGCUCACAGAAACUAGCUCAAAAUUUCUAAGAUAAAUGACCAAAACUCACAUUUAUACACGUAACACAUGUAGUUUUAAGCCAUGUAGGUGGUUAGGUUUUUGUUGGACAAUUUCAUUUAAGAAAUAACAUCAGGGUCUACUGGAUGCAUAUCUAGUAGAUGCAUAUCAGAACUCUUAGGGAUGAGUUUCUCUUUUAUAUGUAUUUGUAAUGAUAAUAGUUUACAAAAAAAAGGGCCUGGAAAUAAUCCAAAUUAGCAGGGACUCUACAACUGAAUUUGAAUUCAGAGUAACAAAUCCAUGCUGUCUGUACCAUUGCAACCAAGUUCCAUACACCUUUUGUUGUCUUCAAAAUAAAGGGAAACCAUCUGCAUUAGGAUAACACCAGACAUAAAUUGAUUUAUUUUAUUUGGAUGUACAAACGUGUAACCACCUGCGUGCUCUUCAGUGCUUGCAAUGAGCAUGAACGUUUGAAUGGAAUUCCUGCUCUUGAACAGAUGAGUAUGUGAAUGGACCAGCUACCUUCUUUCCAAUCUGUUGACUCCAAAGUGAAGAACUGCUCAUGCUCCUCGCUGUCAAAUGCAGGUUCUGUUAGUGUUUUAUUCUGCUUUGCUUCGAUCAGGUCAUGGAGUUGUUUUCAUGACGGGCAUUUUCCGGUAUCACCUCCAGCUCCAUCCUCAUGGGCCCUGGAUUUAUUCUUGAUGUAAAGAUAUAUUUACUUAUAAACUGAUAUAUUUGAGUUGAAAGUUCUGCAAUUAUUGCAUUACCAAGUGAACCGUGUAUAUUUUAA